AUCUAUGCUGACACACUCUGCCGGUCUCCAGCCUGGAGGUGUGUGAGCAAAGCCACCCUGUUUUCCUUGGGACUCUCCAGGCAGGUCCGUGGGAGGAGCUAGCACAUCGCUGGAGGACUUGGAAGCUGAGUAUCUGUGGCUGAGCCCAAGAACCAGCGCUGUGCAGAAGGGUAACCAGUCUGCUUGCCUCUGUGCUACUCGAGGUGACCACAUCCUCUUCACACACCCCACAACCUCCCAUGGAAUGCUCAGAUGUGGAGCUGGAUCUUCAGAGGAGUGUGCAGGCUGUGCUCCGGGAGCUCAGCGCCCAGGUCCCGGCCCUGCAGAGCAACCAAGGCAUGUGGAGAUGGUCCCUGCACAAGAAGGUCGAGCGAGAUCCUACUAAGAGUCCAAUGCUGGUCCGUAUUCUGCUGAGGGAGCUGGAGAAGGCUGAAAGCGAGGACCAACGACACGUGAUCAUCCCCUUGCUGCAUACGCUCAUGUACGUGCUCACAAAGGCCACAGGCAUCCCCGGGGAACUCUACCAGAGGACAUAUGCCUUCUGCACCAGGCUCCUGACACUGCCCACUCCUUACUGCACGGUGGCUUUGGACUGCGCCACCAGACUAAAGACCGAGACAGCCGUCCCAGGGACACUGUACCAGAGGACAGUCAUUGCCGAGCAGAACCUGAUAAGUGAACUGUACCCCUACCAGGAGAGAGUGUUCCUGUUCGUGGAUCCCGAGCUGGUGUCAGCCUCGGUGUGCAGCGCCCUGCUGCUGGAGAUCCAGGCUGCCCAGGUGCAACAGACUCCCGAGGCCUGCAUGCGCCACGUGGUCGCCCAUGCCCUGCAGGCGGCCCUGGGCAAGGCCUGCCACGUGGCUGCCCUACACCAGAAGCUGCAGGCCAGCCCCCGCCGAAUCCUGGAGCACUAUUUCCACGCCGUGGUGGCAGCGGUGGAGCAGGUGGCGAGUGAGGGCAGCCUGAGUCGGGCGGGAUACCUGGAGAGGUUAGAGGAAAUGUACUGCUCGCUGCUGGGACCGGCAGCCUCCACUAGAGAACACCACGGAGGUGCUGCCCUCCAGGACCAGCCGCUGAGCAGCCCCCUGCCCAGCCCCUACAUCACCUUCCACCUGUGGACUGACGAGGAACAGCUGUGGAAGGAGCUGGUGCUGUUUCUCCGCCCGCAGUCCCAGCUGCGCCUCAGCAUUGACCUGGAGGCUUUGGAUCUGCAGGGCUUCCGGUCGGACCGGGAGCUGGCCCGAGUGUCUGUGUUGUCCACUGACAGCGGCAUCGAGCGGGACCUGCCUCUGGGGCCUGAGGAGCUCCCUGCCCCAGGCAGCCCCGAGAUGGAGCGUGGGGGACUGCAACGCAAAGGGGGUAUCAAGAAGAGGGCGUGGCUCCCCGACUGUCUGACACCUGGCGGUGGCUGGGACGGGCCUCCGGGGCUGCACCGGCGGACAGGCAGGCCCAGUGGGGAUGGGGAACUGCUGCCUGGGGUCUCCCGGCUGCACACGGCCCGGGUGCUGGUGCUGGGGGACGACAGGAUGCUAGGGCGCCUGACCCAGGCCUACCACCGACUCAGGAAACGGGAGACCCAGAAGUUCUGCCUCACCCCCAGACUCAGCUUGCAGCUCUACUACAUACCUGUGCUGGCGCCGCAGGAGUCAGCAGCAGCCCGGCAGCUGGAGUUGGGAGAGCUGACGGAGCUGGCGGCGUUCCUGGGCCGUGUGGACCCGUGGUACGAGAGCACAGUCAACACCCUGUGUGCCGCCAUCCACAAGCUGGCCCAGAUGCCUCCCUCACUGGACACAUCCCAGGCCGUGGACCCCUUCCUCCUGGAUGGCAUCACCUACUAUGUUCGCAUGGGCAGCCAACCCAUCUACUUCCAGAUCUACAUGGUCAAGGUCUUCUUCAGUGACCCCAGCCAAGACCCUGUGGAGGACGUUUUCCUCACUGAGCUCAAGGUGAAGAUCCAAGACUCCAAGGGUCCCAAAGAUGGGUUCUCACCCCGGAGGAGAGGUGUGACCGAGAGUCUGGGGACUGAGUUGUCCCUGCAUUACCAGAAGGCCCUGCUCAGCCACAGACCCCAGAACAUCACUGUCUCCCUGCGGGCCACUGGGCUGGUCCUGAAGGCCAUCCCGGCCAGGGACACUGAAGUUUCAGGGACUGCCCUCUGCCCCCCAACUGCUGCUCCUGUUGUAGACCACACGUGUCUGAAUGUCAGUGUGAACGAGGUUGUCAAGUCCUCUAACCUGGCAGGCAGGUCGUUCUCUACAGUGACCAACACCUUCCGGACAGCCAACAUCCAGAUCCAGAGCCAGGACCAGAGGCUGCUGACCCUCUCCCUGGACAAGGACAGUCGGCGCACAUUCAGGGAUGUGGUCAGGUUUGAGGUGACUCCCUGCCCAGAGCCCAGUUCUGGGGCCCGGAAGUCCAGGGCAUCGUGGCUCAGUUCCCGCGGGCAGAAGCUGAUGGAAACGACCCAAGCCAAGCCCAAGCCCCUUCUGAUGCCCAUCAACACCUUCUCUGGCAUCAUCCAGUGAGCCCACCAGGGGAACGGCUGUGCUGGGUCCCGGAACCAGGGUGCUGGAGGAAGGAAACACUACCUAUAUCCAUCAGAAACACAGUGUGUGGCAGCCAGGCUAAGCUCUGCCCAACACAUGCCUGCGAGUUCACGGAUCCGGUCGUGGGUCUUCCCCAUUCCACCCCACCCCACCCUAGUCCUCCUCGCCAGCCUGGAAAACCAAAGCUAGAACUGCUGACGUGGCCACCGGAGCCCUGUGGCCAGGGGGCAGAGGUGGAAGGGGAAGUGGGAAGAGAGAACUGAACCUUCAUGGGAGAUGUCUGCUCCUUCCCACGCAUGGACCACUGGUGGGUAAGCCCCCAGGCAGGGGUCUCCCCCACAUUCACUAAAUGUCCACUAACGUGUUUCCACCAGGUGCUCUGCCCUGUGUACACUCCCAUAGAGUUGGGAAGCAGAACUUCCCAGGACAGUGUGGCCCCACUUAGACCAAGCAGGGGUUUUAUGAAACAUAGAGUGG